AAUCACGGAAAUAAGGAGUAAUAAUUAUUUCGGAUGUUCAACAUGAUUAUUUCGUAAUCGUCUGAACUACAACUGUUCAAAAGGAAUAAUAAUACUUUAUUUCAUAGUAAUAAUUGUCGAGAGAGAAAUUAAAGAACAAUGAAGAUGACAACAGUUCCAGCUAAGCAUACUCUUCACAGUGGAAUUUUUCAUCCUGUCCUACGACAGUGGCAGUCACCAAAUAUUGAAAUCACUGUUAACAAUCUUAUGUAUCCAAUAUUUGUUUCAGACGAAGAAAAUGCUAAAGAUGUUAUUAACAGCAUGCCUGGUGUAUAUCGCUAUGGAAUUAAUCAGUUAGAAAAAAUGUUGCAACCUUUAGUGGCCAAAGGUUUACAAUCUGUUUUAUUAUUUGGUGUAUCACAACAUCUUGAAAAGGAUCAGAUUGGAAGUAAUGCAGAUAGUGCAAGGAAUCCUAUUAUUCAAGCUGUACCAUUAUUACGAGAAAAAUUCCCUAAUUUGUUAAUAGCGUGUGAUGUUUGUUUAUGCCCGUAUACAAGUCAUGGACACUGUGGUAUUCUCAACAAUGAUGGUAGUAUAAAUAACACAAGUAGUAUUCAACGAAUCGCUGAAGUUGCCGUAUCAUACGCAAAAGCUGGUGCGCAAAUCGUUGCACCAUCUGAUAUGAUGGAUGGUAGAAUAAGCGCGAUAAAGCACGGCUUAGCUGCUGCUGGAUACUCAAAUAAAAUAGCAGUUUUAUCAUAUGCUGUAAAGUUUGCAUCAGGACUUUAUGGGCCUUUUCGGGACGCGUCGCAGUCUGCACCACAAUUUGGUGAUCGCAAGUGCUAUCAAUUACCUCCUGGUAGCAAUGGUUUAGCAGCUAGAGCUGCUACAAGAGAUGUGGAUGAAGGAGCGGACAUGUUAAUGGUGAAGCCAGGAUUACCUUACUUGGACGUAGUGCGGCAUACAAAAGAUGCACAUCCGGAAUAUCCUUUAUUUGUAUAUCAAGUGUCUGGAGAAUAUGCUAUGCUGUAUCACGGAGCACAAAACGGUGCGAUCAAUUUAGAAAAUGUAUUGAACGAGAUAUUGCUUUCUAUGAGAAGGGCGGGCGCCGAUUGUAUUAUAACGUAUUUCACGCCAUUAAUUCUGGAUAUGCUGCAACCAAAAAUCUCCGUUCCACGUCAUCCUCGCUGUCAAUCCCAGGCCUGUCAGUCGCAGUCGAUCUGGAUUAACGGCGAUCUUCUCGUUAUUAUCCUCACGUCCAUCCCGCCGCGCGUUCAAUUCGCUAACGGACGGUGGAAUUCUUACAAAGUAUACGCAAACAUGAAGGGAGUUAUAGCUCUACUAUUAGUGGGACUGCUCUCAGUCGCCACGAUUGCGAAGGAAGACAAGGAGAAGGAAGAUAUUGGUACAGUGAUAGGAAUUGAUCUGGGUACAACUUAUUCUUGUGUUGGUGUUUAUAAGAACGGUCGCGUAGAAAUCAUCGCCAACGAUCAGGGUAACCGAAUCACGCCGUCGUAUGUGGCGUUCACCAAUGACGGCGAGCGUUUGAUUGGUGACGCCGCCAAGAAUCAACUGACGACAAAUCCAGAGAAUACCGUGUUUGACGCCAAGCGGCUCAUCGGCCGCGAGUGGUCGGAUCCUACUGUGCAACAUGAUGUGAAAUUCUUCCCGUUCCCUGUUAUCGAGAAAAACAACAAGCCGCAUAUCAAGGUCGAGACUAGCCAGGGUGAGAAAAUCUUCGCACCUGAAGAGAUCUCGGCUAUGGUGUUGGGCAAGAUGAAGGAAACUGCCGAGGCGUAUCUCGGCAAGAAGGUCACUCAUGCGGUGGUUACCGUGCCAGCUUACUUCAACGACGCACAGAGACAGGCAACCAAAGAUGCUGGAACAAUUUCUGGUCUGGUUGUAAUGAGAAUUAUCAAUGAGCCGACUGCCGCUGCGAUCGCUUACGGUUUAGAUAAAAAAGAUGGCGAGAAGAACGUGCUAGUGUUUGACCUGGGCGGCGGUACUUUCGAUGUCAGUUUGCUUACCAUUGACAACGGUGUGUUUGAGGUUGUCGCUACUAACGGUGACACUCAUUUGGGAGGUGAAGAUUUUGAUCAGCGUGUAAUGGAUCACUUUAUCAAACUGUAUAAGAAGAAGAAGGGCAAGGAUAUCCGCAAAGACAACCGAGCUGUGCAGAAAUUGCGUCGUGAAGUAGAAAAAGCCAAGCGAGCGCUCAGUGCUAGUCAUCAAGUCAGGAUCGAAAUUGAAUCGUUCUUCGAAGGUGAAGACUUCUCCGAGACCUUGACUCGUGCCAAAUUCGAGGAGCUGAAUAUGGAUCUCUUCCGUAGUACUUUAAAGCCUGUGCAAAAGGUCUUGGAGGAUUCUGAUAUGAGCAAGAAAGAUGUAGACGAGAUCGUUUUAGUCGGUGGCUCAACCAGAAUCCCGAAAGUUCAACAAUUGGUUAAGGAAUUCUUUGGCGGCAAGGAACCGUCACGAGGCAUCAAUCCUGAUGAAGCUGUUGCUUAUGGUGCUGCUGUACAAGCCGGUGUACUUUCUGGAGAACAAGACACUGAUGCUAUUGUACUUCUCGAUGUUAAUCCUCUCACUAUGGGUAUCGAAACUGUCGGAGGUGUGAUGACCAAACUCAUUCCAAGGAACACAGUUAUUCCCACGAAGAAAUCUCAGAUCUUCUCCACGGCAUCUGACAGCCAACACACCGUGACUAUUCAGGUGUACGAGGGCGAGCGUCCAAUGACCAAAGAUAACCAUCUGCUUGGAAAGUUUGAUCUGACUGGCAUCCCACCGGCGCCACGUGGCAUACCGCAAAUUGAAGUAACCUUUGAAAUCGAUGCCAACGGUAUUCUACAGGUAUCGGCCGAAGACAAAGGCACCGGUAAUCGCGAGAAGAUCGUUAUUACAAACGAUCAGAAUCGUUUGACACCUGACGACAUCGAGCGAAUGAUUAAGGACGCAGAGAAGUUUGCUGAUGAUGACAAGAAACUCAAGGAACGUGUGGAGGCGCGCAAUGAUCUCGAAUCGUACGCCUACUCGUUAAAGAACCAAUUGGCAGAUAAGGAGAAACUUGGCUCGAAAGUGAGCGACGCGGACAAGGCUACGAUGGAGGAGGCUAUCGAGGAAAAGAUCAAAUGGCUGGAGGACAAUCAGGACACUGAACCGGAGGAAUACAAGAAACAGAAGAAGGAGCUCACCGACAUUGUUCAGCCGAUCAUCGCUAAGCUUUACCAAGGCGCGGGUGGUGGUGUUCCACCCACCGGUGGCGAGGAAGAAGACAUCAGAGAUGAACUUUAACUGCAAAUUAGCGACCCGCUCGCUUCGGUUCGCGGUUUAGACUGAUUACUCGCCUUCCGAGCAAAUACUUUACAGAAGUGUUGAAAUACAUUUUACGAAGCUGAGCGAGGUAUACUCGUGAGAUCAACCAUGUUCUCGCCGUACGUUUAGCUGAAAGUGGCUGUCUGGUUCUAAGUUUUACUUAGAUAAUAUGUAGUAUAUACUAUCUAUUAAUUUUAAGGCUUAGGUUAAGGAAAGCGUUUGAAGCUAAAUGUGCAGUGGGAAUACAAGUCUUCAUCAUAAAUCUUACGUACAUUAAGAAAAGUAUGAGAAAAUACUAAUAUCGAAUUUUUAAAGAGAUCGUAGAUGUUUCAACGUAGAUGCGUGGAUAAUAGUCGUUUGAAAACUUCGUUUUAUCGUAGUUUAUUCGAUCACCGGACUUGUUCAACAAGUCUUGUAUUAUGACGUUGCCAAUAUAGUAAAGAAAUCGCACUACAAUUGUCAAUCGCAAUUCUGUAUCGUGUUUGCCGAGAAGGAAAUUUUCUUGACCUCGAUGGAGGAGCUGGCGAGAGAAAAAAAGGCCGGGAGAGUGACAUUUCCGACACUAUGCUCGUUUCUCUUCCCGCGACACACACAUACUGACUCCACUGCGUCGUUAAUUUAUUUUGAAUUGUUUUGUAUGUUUUCCCACUAAGUGUAAUAAUCGGUUAAUCGCGGGGCUAAGCGCGUUAAAGGUUUAUUCGUGAGUAUACGCAUGUAUGACUGAAUGAGAGAGUGAAUGGGAUGCGCGAACACGCGUCGGACUUGUGUAACUCGUAUACUGCCAGCGAGUUGCCUCGUACUGUGUACAAUGUAGCUGUGUCUACGUGUGUGAGUGCAACAUGUAUAUCAAUACCGCAAGAAUAAAGAUUUUUUCAGUAAACCGUAA